GCCUCGAAACGCUGGAUCAAAAUGCUCAUAGUGGAGAAGACCACAGACUUCCCCUCUGCUGAGUUCUCCCUGGUGGAGGAUGUGGCUCUGCACUUCACCUGUUUGAUGGACAGGCUGAACGAGCAGCGCCUCUUCCAGCCUGACCUGUGUGACGUGGACAUCGUUCUGGUGCGUCAGCGCAGCACCUUCCCGGCCCACAAGGGCGUGCUGGCGGCCUACAGCCCUUUCUUCCACUCCCUUUUCGCACAGAGCAAACAGCUGCGGCGGGUGGACCUGUCGCUGGACGCCCUGACCUCACAGGGCCUGCAGCAAAUCCUCAACUUCAUUUACACUUCCAAGCUGCUCGUGAGCGGCCGUACCAUCCGCGACGUGCUCAACGCAGCCACCCUGCUUCAGAUGAGCGACAUCGCAGCCUCCUGUCGCGACCUCAUCGGCAGCCACUCGCUGAGAACCACCUGCCUUGAUAUGGCCAACCAGGAAGGGCUCGGUGGCGGUGACCCGGCUGCUGUGGCGAUGCCUUCUGGCCAGCUGUACCCGGAGGUCAAACAGGAGUCAGAGCUGGGGAGGUUGUACAAGAGGGACGGCAGCAGCCCGUUCUCUGUGAGAGUGGAGGAGGCGGGCAAGACGGCCUCCCAGCAGAAGCAGUAUUACCAGAAGGAGGACUCGUCAGGUGCCGGUUCAGGUGUGGCUGCUCUGUGCAAAGUCGAGAGCAACGGGGAGGAGUCAAAGAUCGCCGACGGCCACGCCUCCUUCAACAGAGACCAGAUCAUUGUUGAAGUCAACCUCAACAACCAGACCCUUAAUGUGUCAAAGGGGUCGGAGGCCAAAUCAGCGAGCGCCACAGAGGCGGCCACCAUGUUUGGUUGUUGCCACGACAACGAGAGAUCUUCAGAAGAGGGCGAGGAGGACGAGGCGGAGAAUGAGGACACGGUUGGAGAAGAGGAUGAAGAUGAGCUUAAGAGGGGGGACAUACUGGGGCAGAGCAGCGAGGAGGAAGAUGAGGAGGAAGAUGAGGAAGAGGAGGAGAACACCCUAAACAUUCCAGGCUUGGAGCAGCAGGCCUUGAUGGAUCGACCUCGCCGGGGCACCAGAUCCUUUGCCAUGGCGGCUACAACCGCCUCCAUGCGGCAGACACUGGCGGAGGCCAAGCUGGCCAACCAGCGGCAGAGCGGGAAGAGGACGCGGGAUGUGGAGGGCCUGGGCCAGAAGGUGAGGCUGGAGGAGAAGCAACAUUACCCAUGUAAGAAAUGCCCUCGCGUCUUCAACAACCGCUGGUACCUGGAGAAGCACAUGAACGUCACUCACAACCGCAUGCAGAUCUGCAAUAACUGUGGGAAACGCUUCCUGCUGGAGAGCGAGCUGCUGCUGCACCAACAGACCGACUGUGAGAAGAGCAUCCAGUGUGUAACAUGUGGCAAGGCCUUCAAAAAGCUGUGGUCAUUGCAUGAGCAUAACAAGAUCGUCCAUGGCUACGCCGAGAAGAAGUUCUCCUGCGAGAUCUGUGAGAAGAAGUUUUACACCAUGGCUCAUGUCAGGAAGCACAUGGUUGCUCACACGAAGGACAUGCCGUUCACCUGUGAGACUUGCGGGAAGUCGUUCAAGCGCAGCAUGUCCCUGAAGGUUCACUCUCUGCAGCACUCAGGAGAGAAACCCUUCAAGUGUGAGAACUGCAGUGAGCGCUUCCAGUACAAAUACCAGCUGCGAUCCCACAUGAGCAUCCACAUCGGACACAAGCAGUUCAUGUGCCAGUGGUGCGGAAAGGACUUCAACAUGAAACAGUACUUUGACGAACACAUGAAGACACACACUGGAGAGAAGCCAUACAUCUGCGAGAUCUGUGGGAAGAGCUUCACGAGCCGGCCCAACAUGAAGCGCCACCGCCGCACCCACACCGGGGAGAAGCCCUACCCCUGCGAGGUGUGCGGCCAGCGCUUCCGCUUCUCCAACAUGCUCAAAGCCCACAGGGAGAAAUGCUUCCGCGUCAGCAACCCCAUGGUUACCGACGGCAACGACCCCCUCGGCCUCCAUCAGCCUCUGGCCUCGCCCGCCGUGGACUCUUCGGGCCAGGUGCAGCUGGGGACAGCGUUCCCCGCCACGUCUGCGACCACACCCGCUGCUGCCUCUAACCCACACCACCUCCAUGGCACCCAGCUGUCUCUCCCCCUGCUGCACUCCAUGGGGGGGCUGCCUCCCACCCCUCAUUUACCCCCACCGCCUCCCCUGUUCUCUGCCGGUAGGAUGAACUCCAGCAACUAACAAAUAUCCGUAGCAUCGAAAGCACUUUUGUUACUUUUGUUUUUCUUAAAGCUUUUAAGAGGACUCCUUCAGCCGGAGAGUGAUGCACCUCAGUGACAUUUACACUGAGAGGAAAAACUGACUGAAGGCUAACACACAUACACCUACCACAACAAGAAAUAGUUAUUUUUUACUGUUUAAUACAAUAGAUAACCUCAGAGUCCAGUAGGACGUGUCGUCACCGCGCCUCUCCUCAUGAAUUUCACAACUCUGUUCUGGUUUCAUUUGGGAUUUUUCACCACCGCACACAUCUCUCCAGAGCCUUGCACAAUGCAUUGAUUGUAGCAUCUUUUACAAAGUGUGAGGAAGCGUUUCCUAAAUCCUCACUCAUACGGGGUCAUCAGUCAAGCUAGAACCACACUAUAAUGAGAAUAAAAAAAAAAUGUUUUGAUCGUUCUCUGCCAAGAUGUAGCGAGUGGUUCUGAUCUGACCCAGCAAUAACCAAAUGCGGAUUUGUCUGAGCAUAUACAUGUAUAUGGCAUUGCCAAUAACCAAAUCCUGUUAGCU